AAUUAAGUUUAUAUGGUGAAAUUUAUUGUUGUAGUGAAUGAGGCCUUUUGAUUUCAUGCCUUGUACUAACCCUGAGAAAUGUGGUUUCAGUUUAGAAUUUUUGGAAUAUUAGUGAAUAAGUGACAGGAAUUAUUUUUCAUGACAUUGGAAAUUUGUAAUUCUUUUGUCUAAACUCAGUGUAGAGGGCAUUGAUGAAAAGAAAUAGAGAAUAAAUCACUUCUGAGUUUCUUGUCCAUGUUUCUUUUAAUACAGUGCAGCUUUAUUUACUCGAACAGCAUUAUUGGUGUCUCCAGAUUUCAUUUUGUUAUGUGUAUUGAUAGCCAGAGUGUUAAGUUUUUGUUAUUUUCUUACGUGACUCUGCACAUAGUGUACUUGCUUUUGAUGGCAACAACAACACCAGGAAUCUAUCUUUCACAAAUAUAGCACUAGAAGCAUUGUAGUGAUUCAUGUCUGUAUAUGAUCAUGUUACAAGGAACAACGAUGAGUGUAUGCAAUUUCACCAAAAUUUCAAUCCCGAAAAUGCAAUUCUCCAAUUCCUUAAAAAACCCAGGAACAUCUACUUAUUUAACUGGAAUUUACGAAAAACCCCACUCCUCUGCUCUGCAUCAAUGGCAUUGACUCAGAGUCAGGUUCAGAACAACUCGGAUGAGUUACCCGGGUCGACUCAGUUAUUGAACCGGGCCCAAACACGGGGAGUGGGAACGAGGAGAGAGUUCUGAUUAGUGAGGUAUUAGUGCGAAACAAGGAUGGUGAAGAACUUGAACUGAAGGAUUUGGAGAGUGAAGCAUUAAAUGCGCUUAAAGCGUGUCGGCCCAAUUCGGCGCUUACCGUGAGAGAGGUACAAGAAGAUGUGCAUAGGAUCAUUGAUAGUGGGUACUUUUGCUCUUGUAUGCCUGUUGCUGUUGAUACUAGAGACGGUAUUCACUUGGUUUUCCAGGUACAUUUUCCUUCACAUAUUAAUCCCUCCGUCCCAGUUUAUGUUGGCACAUUUUACUUUCCAAAUUGUUCAGGAAAAAUGACAGAUUUCUAUAUUUAGAAACAAUUUAACUUUAAACUUCAUAUUUAACCUCUGAUGAGAUCAACAGAAAACGUCUAUGCUUGUUUUAGACCACAAGUUUUAUAUCUAAUUAGCUUAAAGAAGAACUAAUUGAUACCUUAUUUAGCUUAAAGGUUGGUUCUUUUAGAAGAAAAAUGAUGAAUAAAUGGAGAUAUAAGAUAUUGCAUUGCAAUGAAGUGGGAGGAGAACCAUGAGGUCUCAGGUUCAAAUCCCACCAGCCUAAGUCUGGGUGGGUAGAGUUAACCGGUGCAGCUGUUCCUGUGCUGGUGGCGGGAUAAUCAAAAUGUGUGCAAGCUAGUCACAAAAAGAGGAAAAAAUAUAUUGCAUUGACAGGUUGAAAUAUUAAUUUUUUCAAAUAGUGAUAUUUCACCUUAUAUUUUGGAAUAACAAUAGUAGUAAUUAUUAGACUAGGAUAAACCAAUAAAAAUUCUAUUGAAUAAAAAGAGUUUCCUUCUCGAUAAGCAAAUGAAGAUUGUAUUAUAUUAUUAAAAGUUUCUAAAUGUUCGAAUGCAUUCAGAAGAAUGUACUAUUUCCUCAUUUUUUGCCGUGUAUAAUUGCUUAUAUCUAUUAUGUUUUUGCAUAAGGUAGAACCAAACCGGGAGUUCCAUGGUUUGGUAUGUGAAGGAGCCAAUGUGCUUCCAGCAAGGUUUAUAGAGGAUUCUUUUCAAGAUGGAUGUGGUACGCCUUCCUUAUACUCUCGCUAUACACCCUGUAUUGCCAUUUCUUUUUAUAUGCAUGAGCUUCUGUUUUGUAUUUGUCUUUCAAGCAUAUUAAAUAAUCAGCCUAUGUCUUGCGCUCUGUCUAGUACGCAACCCAUGCUGUGCUUAUUUUGGUGUCAAGCAAUGCAGGAAAAAUUGUUAAUAUCAAGCGUAUAGAUGAAAUAAUAAGCUCUAUAAAUGGUUGGUACAUGGAGCGGGGUCUUUUUGGAGCGGUAUCGAGUGUAGAGAUGCUCUCUUGAGGUAUGAUCAGUGAUUAAAAAAGCGAGCGCGAGGAAGCGAAGCGGAGCGCACAGUUCAUCGCUUCUGCCAUUGAAAGCGACUCUGGUAGAAAAAGCUAUCGCUUCUCUGUAAAAAAAGAGAGGCGGUGAAGCGAGAAGAAGCGAGGCUUCUCUGUUUAAAAAUUACCCAAAGCCCUAUUUUUGUUAAAAACUUGUUUCUAAACAGUCUGGACUUCUUCGAGACUUCAACAGCAGCGAGAAACUAGAUUUCUUCCUCUCUUCUUCAUUAACUUCAAACAACAGCAGCAAUUUCUCUUCUUCAAACUAGGGUUGUUCUUCUUCUUCUUCAACAGUACGACAACAACUUUCAACAGGUUUCUGGACUUUUGAUUUUCAUUCUUCUUCUUCUUCUUCUUCUUUUUCUUUCUAAACGUCCAAAAAGCGCUGAAAUGCUGGUGAACUUUUUCCAGAAAAAUUCUGCCCAGUUUUUCCAGUUUCUGCCCUCAAUUUCUGCCCAAUUAUUAUAUCUUUUAUUCUUAGUUCUUAUAGAAGAAUAGGAUGCUCAUUUUGUAGAAGAAUAGGAUGCUCAUUUUGUGCUUUAAUUGAUGCUACUCUUUAGUUUUUUAAUUGAAGUAUUGAACAUUUGCUUACAAUAAUGUGUUGUCUAUGCAGUAUUUAUUUUAACUUUUUUUUAAUUCCGCUUCACUUAAAAAAAGCGAGCGCUUCGCUUCUCGCUUUACGUGAAAUGGGGGUUGUCGCUUUUCUUCGCUUCACGCUCUUCACAACACUGGGUAUGAUUAGGCUAGGAGUUUCUGAAGCCAUCCGUUUCCUUGAUAGGACUGGGGAGCCAACUGUAGGGAAAACAAGGCCUGAAACUAUACUUCGGCAACUUACUACAAAGAAAGGGCAGGUAUACAGCAUGCUUCAAGGGAAAAGAGAUGUGGAUACUGUCUUAGCUAUGGGCAUUAUGGAAGAUGUUGGCAUUAUCCCUCAACCUGCUGGAGAUACUAGUAAGGUAGACUUAAUUAUGAAUGUUGUUGAGCGUAAAAGUGGGGGUGGCAUUUCUGCUGGUGGUGGAAUUUCUAGUGGGAUCACAAAUGGACCCCUCGCUGGAUUGAUUGGCAGGCACUUUCAGUAGUGGGAAAUUCUUUUUGGUGUAGUGUCUUCAGCUUUAGGAGAUCGUUUUUUGGGGUUCUGAACAAUCAUGGUCAAGUUGGCUUUCUUCCAUGUUCCUUGAAGAUUGUCCACUUUGUUGUUUACAUUUCUAGGUUGUGUGAAUUGAAAAUUUUUUGUCGUAACAUAAGGAUGUGGUUAAUCAAAUUGCUGUACCGGUGAAACCUAUACUCAUGCCAAGCAUGUGAAAUUCUUAAUUAAAUUUGGUUAACAUUA